AUGAUUUUAAAAAAAGAUAUUUUAUAUUCAGCUGGUAGAGAUUCAACUAUAAAAUCAUACUAUAUUUAUGACAAAGCAAACAGUAAUAAUAAUAAUAAUAAUAAUAAUAAUAAUAAUAAUAAUAAUAAUAAUAAUAAUAAUAAUAAUAAUAGCAAUAAUGACAACGAUAUGGAUAGCAAUAGUAGCCAUGAAGAUAUUUUAUUGGGCAGUGAUAACAAUGAUAUUGAAGAAAAUGAUAACGAAAGCGAAACUGACAAAUAUAAAUUUAAAAAAUCAUAUGAAGACCACACCGAUUGGGUUAAUGAUUUGUUUUUAAGAGAUGAAGAUGGUAUAAGUAAUAAUAUGAACAACAAUGUAAACUAUUUAAACAGUGCAAAUAAUAAAUCAUAUCUAUAUGGAAAAUCUGGGGGUGAAGGUAUUUCAAUUUAUAGCUUAGCGAUUUCACAUGAUUCAUCAUUUGUAUUGUCUGGUUCUACUGAAAGAGCAAUCAGAGGCUGGGAUGCUAGAAGUGGUCAAAAAGUAUUCAAACUAAAAGGACAUACCGAUAAUAUUAGAUCUAUAAUUUUAAAUCAAAAUUCAACACGUUGUUUAUCUUCAAGUAGUGAUGGCACCGUUAGACUUUGGGAUAUUGGUGAACGUAGAUGUAUUCAAAUAUUUGAUGAUAUUCAUACCGACUCUGUUUGGUCGUUAGCUGCAUCACCCAGCUUUAGUCACUUCUUUAGUGGUGGUCGUGAUGGUAUGAUAUUCUUAACAGAUUUAAAAACCAACCAAUCAAAACCCAUUGCUAAAGAAAAAGAUCCAAUAUUAAAAAUAUUAAAUAAUCCUGAUACUCGGUCAAUUUGGGUAUCAACCUCAAACUCAAAUAUCAAAAACUACAGUUUAUUAAACCAUUACGAUAAAAACAAUAGCUAUUUAUUACAAUCAAUAAAUAUAAAAGAAGAAGAAGAUGAAAUAGCCAACAACUCAAUUUUAUUACAAAAUAACAAUGAUGAUGAUAAUAGUAACACAACAAGUAGCAAUAGCAAUAGCAUCAGUAACAAUUUAACAUUACAGCCAAAUAUAACCAUUCAAGGCAGAAGUGGUAUUAUAAAGCAUCAAAUUUUAAACAAUAGAAGACAAAUUUUAACAAGAGAUAACGAAAACAAUGUCCAACUUUGGGAUAUCACACUUGGUAAAGAGAUAGAAACAUUUGGCAAAGUAGAUUUUGAUAAGAAACUUUUAGAAAUAAAUGAAAAAAUAUCAAUUCCAAAAUGGUUUGAAGUCGAUACCAAAACUGGCUGCUUAAAUAUUACUUUAGAAUCAUCAAUUUGCUUCAAUGCCCUUGCCUUAAUUAGUAAUUUAGGAUUUAUUGAAAAUAAGGACUUUUUGACCAAUAUAGGUGUUAGUAUGCUACACACCUUAUUUUCAAAAUGGAGAGUUGAAAGAUACAACCUAUAUCAAAAAAAAGAGAGAUUACGAGACUCCAAUGAUAGUGUAAAUAGCUUAACAAGUUCAAAUAGUAACAGUACCGAUAAUCAAGAUAACCAACCGCCCCCACAACCACCAACAACAACAAGACAAAGCCAACAAAGACAAAGCCAACAAUUAAUAUUAAACAUGGAUAAUGUUAAAAUAUUUCCUUUACCCAAGAAUACAGAUGUUGUAGUAUAUGAUGAAACCAACUCUCUUGUAUUAUAUAGAUCAAAAGUCGAUGAAUUUACAGGUAAAGAAAAUUUAAGUAUGAUAGAUUGGCUAUCAAAAUGCCUAACAUCAUCAGAAUUUCAAAAUAAAGGAAAUAUUUCAUACAUAGAUUUUAAACUGGAUGGAAUCGAUGACGACUUUAAAUUUAGCUAUGAACAAUUACAAGUUCCAUAUUAUUUCCAAGUAAAAGGCAUCUCCAACUACAUUUGGAACAAGGUAUCCGCACUUUUCGAUACCAAACCUCCACCUCCAGAUGGUUAUUUCGAAUUUUUUUUACAGGGCGAAGAAAUGAAACCAAGUUUUACAGUGGCCACAAUCAAAAACUUUUAUUGGAAACAAAAUACCUUUGUAGAAUUAAAAUUUCGUGUUAAACAAAAAUAUAGAAAUGAAUUAUUAAAAGUUUAUAGAAAAUAAUAGUGACAAUAAACAAUACAAUAAAUUAAUUAUUAUUUAAAUAAUAAUAAAUAAUAAUAAU